CUUUUCAUUUCCACCCUACUACCAUGUGCGACCGAUGCAGCCGGUGGCCGGUGGAAAUUCUUGACCCCAAGCAUUGGCAUUUCCGCCAUGCACAUGCAGCUACUCAACAACGACCGCGUCGUCAUGUUCGACCGCACCGACUUCGGCACCUCCAACUUGUCUUUAGCGGCAGGAAAAUGCCCCGCAGGCGCCAAAGACUGCAGCGCUCACUCAGUCGAGUACAACGUCAUCACCAACAAAUUCAGACCACUCACGGUGCAGACCAACGUGUGGUGCUCCUCUGGCUCGGCUAUGCCUGAUGGAACGCUAGCCCAAACUGGAGGUUCCUUUGAAGGAGAACGAAGAGUCAGACUUUUCACGCCCUGUGGUGGUACUAACUGUGAUUGGCAGGAGGUGAACCUUGGACUGGCGAAGAGUCGAUGGUACUCAACCAAUCAUAUCUUGCCAGAUGGCAGGCAGAUAAUCAUCGGUGGCCGGAAACAGUUCAACUACGAGUACUAUCCAAAAACUACUGACAACAACGUGCACGAUUUGCCAUUCUUAGCUCAAACAAGCGAUAAGGGAAUAGAGAACAAUCUAUAUCCCUUUGUUUUUCUAAACGUGGAUGGAAACUUAUUCGUGUUCGCCAACAACCGAGCUAUAUUGCUGGACUACGUGAAAAACCAGGUGGUGAAAACGUACCCACAGAUACCAGGUGGGGACCCGAGGUCUUACCCCAGCACUGGGUCCGCCGUGCUUUUACCGUUGAAGAAUGUUCAGGCCAAGAAUGCGGAAGCUGAAGUUUUGGUAUGCGGCGGAGCCCCGAAAGGGUCCUUUACUGAAGCCGCGAAGGGGAAGUUCAUUCCAGCAUUGAAUACAUGUGCCCGGAUCAAAAUAACUGACCCGAAUCCCACAUGGGCAAUGGAGACUAUGCCAUUAGCCAGGUGUAUGGGAGACAUGACAUUGCUUCCAAACGGCAACGUUUUGAUCGUAAACGGAGCGGGAGCGGGAACCGCUUCUUGGGAGUUCGGUAGAAACCCGGUAUUAAACCCAGUCCUUUACCGCACAGAUAAUAAGAUCGGGUCACGGUUUGAAACUCAAAAACCAACCACCAUUCCUCGAAUGUACCAUUCCACGGCCGUGCUCCUCCGCGACGGCCGGGUUCUUAUCGGUGGCAGCAAUCCCCAUUCAGGCUACGAGUUCUCAGGAGUUCUUUUCCCGACGGAGUUGAGCUUAGAGGCUUUUAUUCCAUCGUAUUUGGAGAGACCAACUCUUCGCCCCGUAAUCCUUUCGCCCGCAUCUCAUACCAAGCUCAGCUAUUCACAGAAGUUGACGAUUCGGUUCCGACUGAAUGGUCAAGUAGACCCGAAAUUGGUGAAAACGACAAUGGUUUCUCCGUCGUUUACGACUCACUCAUUCUCAAUGAAUCAGAGACUGUUGGUACUUACACCCACUGGCCAAGUGAAAAGUUUAGGGGGAUUGAUGUACCAAGUAGAGGUUACGACACCUGUUUCAGCUAAUCUUGCUCCUUCUGGGUAUUAUCUUUUAUUCGUGGUUAAUGGAGAAUUUCCCAGCCAAGGUAUUUGGGUCCACAUCAGCAAAUUAUAA